AUGGCCCCUCCUCCCGCCCGCGGGGUCGCUGCCCGGAGCUGCAGCGGGAGGGUAGGCAGCUGCCCGCGGUGCCCCCGCCCCGUGCGGCCGCGGUGAAGCCGGGGGCUGCGCGGUGCGGGACGGUCCCGAAGCGCUGCCCAUGCGCGCCCUGUGGCCGCUCUGCCUCGCCCUGGGCGCCGUGGCGGCGGGCGGCGCGCCGAGCCCCCGGCUCAGCCCCGUCUGGGGGCCCGGGCUGCGGGCAGGGGCCGCGCUCCCCGCCCGGUACUUCCACAUCCAAGCCGUGGGCGCCGAAGGGCGGAGGUUCACUUCGUCACCAGGUGAAAAUACAUUCCAAGUGAAGAUCACUGCUCCUGAUGAACAGUUCACUCGGGUUGGUGUGCAGGUGUUAGACAGGAAAGAUGGUUCCUUCCUUGUGAGAUACAGGAUGUAUGCAAGCUACAAAAGCCUGAAGAUAGAAGUCAAAAUUGGAGAUAAACAUGUUGCGAAGUCUCCAUAUAUCUUAAAAGGACCCGUUUACCAUGAAAACUGUGACUGCCCUCAAGAGGAAAGCAGUGCAUGGCUGGAAGAGAUGAACUGCCCUCAAACCAUUCCACAGAUUCAGAGAGACCUAGCAAAUUUUCCCAUUGUUGAUCCAGAUAAGAUUGCAAAAGAAAUUCCACAAAGGUUUGGACAAAGGCAGAGUUUGUGUCAUUACACCGUCAAAGAUAACGAGGUUUAUAUAAAAACAUAUGGGGAACAUGUUGGCUUCAGAAUUUUCAUGGAUGCCAUACUGCUUUCUUUGACAAGAAAAGUGAAAAUGCCAGAUGUAGAGUUUUUUGUUAAUUUGGGGGACUGGCCUCUGGAGAAAAGGAAGUCCCCACAGAACCUGCACCCUAUCUUCUCAUGGUGUGGGUCCAGUGAAUCAAAAGACAUUGUCAUGCCAACAUAUGACUUAACAGACUCAGUUUUGGAGACUAUGGGACGAGUCAGUCUGGAUAUGAUGUCAGUUCAAGCAAAUACCGGUCCAUCGUGGGAAGACAAGAAUACCACAGCAUUCUGGAGAGGACGUGACAGCCGCAAAGAGAGGCUGGAACUUGUAAAACUUAGCAGGAAAUAUCCAGAGAUCAUAGAUGCUGCUUUCACCAACUUCUUUUUUUUCAAACAUGAUGAAAGCCUCUACGGCCCCAUUGUUAAGCACAUUUCGUUUUUUGAUUUUUUUAAGUAUAAAUAUCAAAUUAAUAUUGAUGGCACAGUGGCAGCAUACCGACUGCCUUAUCUACUAGCAGGAAACAGUGUGGUGCUAAAGCAAGACUCCAUCUACUAUGAGCAUUUUUAUAAUGAACUGCAGCCAUGGAAACACUAUAUUCCAUUUAAAAACGACCUGAGCGAUCUUCUGGAAAAAAUACAGUGGGCAAAAGAGCAUGAUGAAGAGGCAAAAAACAUUGCAAAAUCUGGACAAGAAUUUGCAAGAAACAAUCUCAUGGGAGACCACAUUUUUUGUUAUUAUUUCAAACUUUUUCAGGAAUAUGCCAGCUUGCAAGUGAGCGAGCCAAAAAUCAGAGAUGGGAUGGAGAAAGUGCAGCAGCCCGAUGACGACCUUUUUCCAUGUACUUGCCAUAGAAAAAAGGCCAGAGAUGAACUCUGACAGAAGGAAAUAAAAUGUUUUAAUAUUUACCUACAUUCAGAAUGCCUUCUUAAGGAAAGAAGAGAAAUUUGGAUUAAUAUGCCAACGUAUAUUAUGAAGUUUGCUGUAUCGUGAUCUACAUAUGGAAGAAAACCAAGUGCCCCCAUUUCCUUUUUAUCAUGCAGUGGUUGCAGAACCUUGUUCAAAAGCAUUUUUAUAAUUUUUUAAAUAAAAGCCAUAUUUGUAUCA